AUGGCUUCAGAUGACUAUUUGCAACGGGGUUCAGUUUCGAGUAAUCUCUCAAUCUUGCAAAAUAUUCCUAAAACUUGCCAGAGAAGUUCUAGAAAAGAGGAUUUAUAUAUCAAUUCUUAUGGAAGGCUUUGGGGUGAAAAAGUCACAUAUAGUACUGGUAUAGCUUAUGGUGCUGGGCUUUUUGGAGGUGGCCUAUAUGGAUUUUUAGAAGGACUAAAGAAACCUGGGAUGACUAGGAAACUCAGGAUUAAUGCAAUUUUAAAUAGCUGUACAACUCGUGGACCACGUAUUGCCAAUCCCGCAGCAAUAAUGACUAUGAUGUAUUGUGGAUUCAAUGGUACUACACAGUGGGUUUUGGGUAAAUAUGCAGAUUAUGGUUUAGGUGCACCAAUUGCUGGAGCAUUAUCAGGAGCUCUCUAUAAGUGUUCGUCAUCUAUGAAGAUGAUGACUAGAUAUUCUAUUGCAGCGUCCGUUGCAUAUACUUUACUAGAUCAACUAGUAAGAAAUAUGGAAUAG